AUGGAAUUUGGAGACCUCUUGAAGGCGAUCGGAGAAUUCGGGCGGCUUCAGAAACGGCUGGUUCUCCUCCUCUGUGUUCCGAACUUCCUCACAGCCUUCCACUUGUUUGGCCAAGUGUUCGUGGUGACCGACAUCCCUCACUAUUGCAACACCAGCUGGGUCCACAAGCUGAACUUGAACCUGACCGAAGAGCAGGAGCUGAAUUUGACCAUUCCUAGAAGGCCUGAUGGCUCUCUUGAGAAGUGCCAUAUGUUUACUCCUGUGCAAGGGACUCUUCAAUCGAUUCAACUCAAUUCCACAGAAAAAUGCCGAGAUGGCUGGGUGUAUCCUGAAAAGCAGCCGCCGACAUUGCUUACUGAGUUUGACUUGGUCUGUGAGCGAAAGAAGUUAAACGACAUCUCUCAGUCCAUUUUCAUGGCGGGCGUUCUCGUUGGAGCCCUGGUCUUCGGCCCGCUGAGCGACAGGAUCGGGAGCCGAAACAUGAUCUCGCUCACCGUCCUCUUGAUGGGCUUCUUUGGCAUUGGGGCCGGCUUUGCACCCAAUCUGUACAUCUACAUCGCCUUGAGGGCAGCUGUGGGUUCUGCUUUUGCUGGCUUCAGUAUAAGCAUGGCGGCUUUAGCUUCGGAGUGGGUCGGGGCUUCCUACCGCCCCUUUGCAAUAGUCGUGGCUCAGUGCUGCAACGGCAUGGGGCAGAUGGCCUUGGCCGGCUUGGCGUACGGCGUUCGGGACUGGAGGCACUAUCAGGUUGUCGGCUCUGCCCCUGCUUUAUGUCUCUUCUUUUAUAUCUGGGCCCUUCCCAGCUCUGCUCGAUGGCUUCUGACAAGAGGGAACGUGGAGGGAGCCAAAAAGGAGAUCAAAAGGGCCGCCUCGAUCAACAAACGAAACAUCCCAGAAGAAUUACUCCUUCAGCUGGCUGGCCCAAAGAAAGGCAGCUCUGGAAGGAUCGUGGAUCUUCUAAAGAAGCCGUAUCUCAGGAAAAUUACUUUGAUCAUGGCUUGGUUAUGGUUUGUGGACAGUCUGGUGUACUACGGAGUGAGCCUCCAAGUUGGAGAUUUCGGCCUGGACAUCUACAGGACCCAGCUGGUGUUUGGAGCCGUUGAACUACCAGCCCGGGCCUCCUGUAUCUUCCUGAUGGAGCGGCUGGGGAGGAAGAAGUGCCAGGCUGGUUGGCUUCUCCUGGCAGGCAUCGUAUGCCUGAUCAUCCCUGCUAUCCCCACAACUUUUCCCGUCGUCGUGACUGUGCUGGCUGUUAUCGGCAAGGCCGCACUUUCGGCUUCCUUUUCGACCACUUAUGUGUUCUCUGCAGAGAUAUUUCCCACAGUUCUCAGGCAGACCUGUUUAGGUUUGUGCUCCGUGUCAUCCAGAAUUGGCGGCAUCCUUGCCCCAUUGGCCGGUCUUGGGGAUGAGAUCCACCCUGCAAUUUCAAUGGUACUGUUUGGAAGUACGGCAUUGGCUGGAGGGAUCCUCUGCUUCUUUCUCCCUGAGACACGGGGCAGAGAUCUUCAGGAUGACACCACGGUAUCUCCAUCGAACCAGUGAUCCAGCAAGACAGUCUAUGAUGUCUUUGAAAAUGGACCAGUGGAAGAGGAAGAUAGAAACUGGAUUAGGGAAACC